AUGAUGUUGUUGGAUAACAUAGGAUUUGUGGCAAAUAUGAUAAGUUUUGUUGUAUAUUUUGCAUCAGUUAUGCAUUUUGAUUUAGCUGGUGCAGCAACUAAUACAACAAACUUUUUGGGUACUGCUUUCUUGCUCACUAUUUUGGGAGGCUUCAUUUCAGAUGCAUAUAUGACUCGUCUCAACACUACCUUGCUCUUUGGCAUCUUCCAAUUAUUGGGAUACUUACUAUUGAUAUUCCAAUCCCACUUCCAAAAACUUCAACCACAGCCCUGUGGAGAAUCAACUUGCGUUCAUGGCGGAAAGGCACUGCUGCUAUACACUUCAGUUUACUUAACGGCAUUGGGAGCAGGGGGAAUUCGGGGCUGUAUUCCGGCAUUAGGUGCCGAUCAAUUUGAACAGGACGACCCGAAACAGAGCAGCAAGAACAUUUCCAGUUUCUUCAACUGGUUCUUGUUAAGCAUAACUAUUGGAGCAUCCAUUGGAGUUACUAUUGUGGUUUGGGUCAAUACAAAUGUUGGAUGGGAUAAAGGGUUUAUUAUCUCCAUUGUUUGCUGUUUUGCUGGUCUCUGUAUAGUUUCAAUGGGGAAGCCUUUUUAUAGAGUGAGAGUUCCUGGUGAAAGUCCCCUGCUUAGAGUUUUACAGGUUUUGGUAGCAGCAGCUCGAAAUUGGUCUGUGCAACUACCAACUGAUAAGCAUAAACUAUAUGAGAUGCAGGACAGAAAUGUUUCUCCUUUAACCGAACAGCGCCUUCCACAUACCCAACAAUUCAGUGUACUAGACAAAGCUGCAGUUCAAACAGAGGGCACCAAAAAGCAAGGAAAAUGGAGACUCUGUACUGUUACUCAGGUGGAGGAAGUGAAAAUCCUUACCAGGAUGAUGCCGAUCCUCUUGAGUACUAUCAUCAUGAACACAUGUUUGGCACAGCUACAAACAAUCUCAAUACAACAAGGGACUCUAAUGGAUCCUAGCCUUGGCAAGUUUGACGUACCUGCUGCUUCAAUUCCGGUCAUUCCUCUUGUAUUCAUGUCCGUUCUCAUUCCCAUCUAUGAGUUCCUCUUUGUUCCUGUAAUGAGGAAGAUCACUGGCCACCCAACUGGCAUAACACACCUCCAGAGGGUCGGGGUUGGGCUCGUCCUCUCAGCUAUCUCCAUGGCCAUUGCAGGAGCCGUGGAAGUGAAGAGGAAGAAUGAGUUCAACAACCACAACCAUCUCACCAGCCUCUUCUGGCUCUCCUUUCAUUAUGCAAUCUUUGGGAUAGCAGACAUGUUCACACUCGUUGGACUGAUGGAAUUCUUCUACAGCGAGGCUCCAGCUGGGAUGAGAUCUCUCUCCACGUCUUUCUCAUUUCUGUCACUCUCCAUUGGCUACUACUUGAGCUCAGCUUUUGUCGAGCUCAUCAACUCAAUCACUUCAAAGCUCACUUCAAACAAGCAAGGAUGGCUUCAAGGGAGAGACAUGAACAAGAACCACAUCGAGCUUUUCUAUUGGUUCCUAGCAAUCCUUAGCUUGCUCAACUUUGGUAACUAUGUCUUUUGGGCCAACUGGUACAAGUACAAAAAGGAUGGUCCUAUCGAUGAACAGAAACUUCUUCAACCAGAUUUGUCUGUAACUAUGAGUAUGACCUCACAACAGGCCAUCUCUACAAGUGAAGGUGAAAGAAAAAUGGAACAAAACUAA